AUGACAUUUGAGAAAAGUAUUGUUUUUCUAUUCGUGACGUCAUUAAUUUUGAUUGUAAAUAUCUGGCCAAUAACUGCUGAUAAACAUUCCAAUAAUAAUAAUAAUAUUAAUAAUGAAGAUAAAGAAAAACCAAACAAUUCGCACAAUUUAAUUAUUGGAUCGAGACAACCGGGUGAUAAACUUUACAUUGACUUAAAUGUAACUGCUCCGGCAAUAAAGUCGAAAAUUGUCAUUAAAAGUGCGACGUAUUUUAUUCAUUUGGGACAUAACAUUACUCAAAUCGCUGCUGUUGAUUGGAAAACAGACGGAACUGGAGCUGAUGUCACAUUGGAGAGUGGUAGUGUUGAGGAGAAUAAUUUCACGCUUACAUUCAAAAGUCAAGAAAGUUAUGGAAUUGACUUUCUUCUUCAAGUAUACACUUUAAAAACACUUCCUGAUGAGUAUAACAAUUGA